AGAUCGACUUGAGGCAGAUCUGAGAGAUUUUACGAUCCGUCAUGCAGAGAUCACCCAUCUCAGAAUCCUUGUUCAUGGAGCGGUUGGUGCUGGAAAAUCCAGCUUCAUCAACUCACCUAACAGUGUCUUUCAGCACCGUGUAACGACCAGAGCUGGAGCAGCAUGGAGUUCAAGCACGAGUUAUACGAAACGAUACAAAAGCUACAGAACCUGGAAUGGAAACGACAGCACCUUAAAAUUUAUCUUCAAUGAUAACGUGGGGCUGGAAUAUGAGUGGACACUUGGAAUCCACACUGAUGACAUCAUUACUGCUAUGCCGGGCCACGUGAGAGAGAACUAUAUGUUUAAUCCUACGUGUCCUUUACGAGAUGGUGAUCUAGGGUACAUUAACGCCCCCACUCUGAAUGAUAAAGUUCACUGUCUGGUGAGCGUUAUGUCAGCACAGACCCUCCCUGUCAUGUAUGAUUCUUCCAUCAAAAGCAUUAAGGAUGUCAGGGAAAAGGCCAGUGCCCUUGCCUGUGAGGAAGAUCAGCUUCAGAGGAAGAAAAUCGAACAAAAUGGGUGGAAAAAAAUCAACACCAAAGCCUCCAGAAGUGGGAGAGAUCGACUUGAGGCAGAUCUGAGAGAUUUUACGAUCCGUCAUGCAGAGAUCACCCAUCUCAGAAUCCUUGUUCACGGAGUGGGUAAUGCUGGAAAAUCCAGCUUCAUCAACUCAGCUAACAGUGUCUUUCAGCACCGUGUAACGACCAGAGCUGGAGCAGCAUGGAGUUCAAGCACGAGUUAUACGAAACGAUACAAAAGCUACAGAACCUGGAAUGGAAAUGACAGCACCUUACCAUUUAUCUUCAAUGAUAACGUGGGGCUGGAAUAUGAGUGGACACUUGGAAUCCACGCUGAUGACAUCAUUACUGCUAUGCCGGGCCACGUGAGAGAGAACUAUAUGUUUAAUCCUACGUGUCCUUUACGAGAUGGUGAUCUAGGGUACAAUAACGCCCCCACUCUGAAUGAUAAAGUUCACUGUCUGGUGAGCGUUAUGUCAGCACAAACCCUCCCUGUCAUGUAUGAUUCUUCCAUCAAGAGCAUUAAGGAUGUCAGGGAAAAGGCCAGUGCCCUUGGUAUCCCUCAAGUGCUUAUCUUGACACAUAUUGAUGAGUGCUGUCCACUGGUUGAGCAAAACUUGAGAAAAGUCUACUUCAGCAAGAAAAUUAAGGAAAAGCCUGUGAGGAAGAUCAGCUUCAGAGGAAGAAAAUCGAACAAAAUGGGUGGAAAGAAAUCAAUACCAACGCCUCCAGAAGACUUUGAUAAACCAUGGAGAAACGUGGACUGGGAUGGGAGAGAUCGACUUGAGGCAGAUCUGAGAGAAUUUACGAUCCGUCAUACAGAGAUCACCCAUCUCAGAAUCCUUGUUCAUGGAGCGGUUGGUGCUGGAAAAUCCAGCUUCAUCAACUCAGCUAACAGUGUCUUUUAGCACCGUGUAACGGACAGAGCCGGAGAAGCAUCGAGUGCAAGCAAGAGUCAUACGAAACGAUACAAACGCUACAGAAUCUGGGAUAAAAAUGACAGCGCCUUAAAAUUUAUCUUCAACGAUAUCAUGGGGCUUCAAGAUACGGGGACAUCUGGAAUCCACAUUGAUGACAUCAUUAAUGCUAUGCUGGGCCACGUGAGAGAGAACUAUACGUUUAAUCCUGUGUGUCCUUUACGAGAUGGUGAUCCAGGGUACAAUAACGCCCCCACUCUGAAUGAUAAAGUUCACUGUCUGGUGAGCGUUAUGUCAGCACAAACCCUCCCUGUCAUGUAUGAUUCUGUCAUCAAGAGCAUUAAGGAUGUCAGGGAACAGGCCAGUGACCUUGGUAUCCCUCAAGUGCUUAUCUUGACACAUAUUGAUGAGUGCUGUCCACUGGUUAAGCAAAACUUGAGAAAAGUCUACUUCAGCAAGAAAAUUAAGGAAAAAGUUGGUCAUAUAAUACUUCCUGCUUUAUUACAUGUACGAAUGCAGUGACAGAGUGGGAAUCCCGAUGAACUGCAUCUUUCCUGUGAAGAACUACCAUGAAGAGUCAGACACCAAUAAUGACACUGACGUCCUGGUUCUGUUGGCCCUGAGGCAAAUCCUCAACUAUGCUA